AUGCAGCAAUACAAGUUGUAUGCUCUGGCUCUGUCCGAAGUACGGUUGGAUUUCCAGGGCUCUCAUAUUUAUGAAGAUGGUUUUACAAUCAUUGCCAGUGGCGUUGGUGCAAGAGGCGGCACAGCUUUGUUACUUUCUCCCGGCGCCACGUCAGCGUGGCAGCUUGCUGGCUCUCGCUCUGUCGGGCACCCCUCUGGACGCGUUUGCUCCUGCACUUUAGCUUUGGGUGGCAAAGAAGGCACGGUGAAGCUUAUCUCGGCUUACUCACCCACUUUUCGGGCUCCUGAUGGCGACAUUGACUCUUUUUGGGCGGCUGUUCGUGCUGAGACGUCCUCAUCAGGUAUGGUGGUGGUUCUUGGCGACUGCAACGCUCGUGUUGGUUGCAGACCUCGUGUUGUUGGUGCUCGAGCUGCCGAUGACCAAGACUCUGUUUUGGGUUUCCACGGGAUAGGAGCUUGCAACGAGAUGGGCCAAAGGAUGUUGGAUUUCUGUCAGACUGAGCAUUUGCGUAUUACCAACACGUUCUUCCCCCACAGUGUUGCCAACAAAGCCUCCUGGUACCACCUUGGCAGUCGGAAUCCGGGACUUCUGGACUACGCCUUGGUUCGCACUGUUGAUGCUGCUUUUGUAACCAACUGUCGGCACUACCCGAACAUUGACGUAGAUUCCGAUCACGUUUUGGGCAUUCUGGACAUGCGUCAGCGACCCUGUGCUCGAACCUCUCGAAUGACUGCUCCUGCUCCUCCUGCUGAACGUCACCAACGUCUGCGCAGCGAGGUUGAGUUCACGAAUUUGGCCUCGCGCAAGGUGGUUGCAAACCUCACUCCUGCACAGUUGCCUGCGGUGCUCUACGAAUGCGGGGUGCUACGUGUUUUGGUCAUGUACAAAGUCCUGGUGUACGUGAAUGGCAGGUUCCUCACCGUGAUGCUCUUCGUGAUCUGGCUCGGGAACGAGUGGCCCGCAAGGCAAAUCGGGCUGCAGUACGUCGCAUGGUCAAUGAAUGGUGGUCUCAACAAGCGGCAUCUUUGUCAGCAGCUUGGUGCUCUACCGAAGCAGAUCAAUCCACACUCUGUUGACGGGGGUGACAUCGCGGACCUGGGCAACUGGCGAGGCAUCUGCUUGCUGCCCGUGCUCUCCAAAGUAAUGGCGACACUGGUCAACGAUUCACUUCGCUCCCUUGCAGAGAACGUCCUUGCGGAGUCGCAGGAAGUUCGUCUGACGACGCCUCCGCCUCCCGCAGCGCAGGCUGACCCACCCCGCGUUGCUGCAGCUCCGCCUCCUCCUGGUCUCUUCGUGCUUUUCGUUGACCUUUGCAAAGUUUUUGACAGCAUGCCUCGCAGUAUCAUGUGGCGUAUUCUCACUCGUCUUGGAGCGACUCUCUGGGACCUGUACUACCACUACGUCGUGCUCGACUGGAGGCAAAGGCUUGGUGCAAACAGUGGUCUGGACGUAGCUUACCUGGAGGACUCGGGCCUCUUUCGCACUUGCGCUGGUGUCCUUGGUUCACAAGAUGCCAUGCAGAUACAUAUUUCCGAGCUUGCUUACGCCGAUGACUUGGCCACACUUCACCUCUCCUGGUCUGAACUUUGUCGUGCCGCUCAGCUUCUUUCAGACACAGUACGCGACUGGGGUGGCGAGCUUAACAUUGGGAAAACAAAGUGGAUGUGUGUACAGUCCGCUCUCCUGCCCACUGGAGCUGUGGAUCUUGAACUGUUCGUGGACGGCGACAAGGUUGAGCAGAUCACCGAGUUUGAGUACCUGGGCAGUGUGUCAAACGACGCGGACUUGGGCCAACUUGCUGACGUUCGCAGGCGGCUUCGGCAGGCGUCUAAAACUUUUGGCUCCCUCCGCGGCCUAUGGCGCAGCCGGCGCAGCCGACGCAUCACACUCAAUACCAAACGCACCGUCUUCCUUGCUGUGGUCAAGAGUGUUGUCUUUGCUUUUCCAGCUCAGUUGGUCGUGGACGUGCCGGUGCUGCUGCUGGGCGUGCGGCUGGUGGAGCUGGUCGGCGAGGACGUGGCGGUGCUGCUCAUGGUAGAGGGCGUGGCUGAUCCAAGUUUCCUGGCUGUGUGUGCGGGCUGUGAGGAUAGGCUCCAGUCUGUGUGCUGUGCGAUAGGGCACUGUACUUGCCUGCUUAGAGCAAUGGCGCCGACGCUGGACGCUCUCGCCAAGCGCGUGUUGCAGCUUGAGAAGGCUCACGAGCUCACUGCCAAGCUUGCUGUGCAGACGGACCUGGACGUGCAACGUGAGCGUCUUCGUCACCAAGUAGUCGAUCUUCCACCUUCGAGGAGACCUUUUGUUCAAGAUGGAGUUCAAGGAGCACCAAGCCCGGCCUGCUGCGUGCAGCGAGGGAGACCAGAAGCGCUCCAGACGUGUGCAGGAGAGCGGCCUCGAUGGUGCCCUGCAGCUGGUGGCUGGACGCAUCUUUUCGCGCAGUUAAAGGAUGCUUGGGCUUGGAAAAGUUUCAUGCAAGAGACUUGCGGCUUGGGCCUGGCUCUGGACUUGACAGCACACUUGCAGCUCUGGACCCUCUCUGCAGUUCUUAUUUGCAAUCGCAUGCCGUAUUUUCUCGCAUAUGUGCCCUCUGCCACGUUGCUUCUGAUCUGUUUGCGCUUUCACUGGCUCCGAGGAGGCAUGCAGAUCUUCGUGAAGACCCUGACGGGCAAGACGAUCACGUUGGAUGUUGAG